UCUGCUUCGAUUGAACUUAAUCUGAGCGACUCGAUAGAAACUACGUGUCCACUUUUUUAUAAGUUGUAUUCCGUGCGAAUUAAUAAAAUGCAUACAGUUUUAACUAGAGGAAAUGCAACUGUUGCAUAUUCCUUGAGCGUCCUAGCGUGCCUGACGUUCUGCUGCUUUAUAUCAACGGUUUUUCUGGACUAUAGAACCGAUGCCAACAUAAAUACCGUGCGGGUGCUUGUGAAAAAUGUUCCCGAUUACGGAGCAUCCAGGGAGAAGCACGAUCUGGGAUUCCUCACUUUUGAUUUGGAGACGAAUCUAACGAACAUUUUCAACUGGAAUGUUAAGCAACUAUUCAUCUACCUAACGGCCGAAUAUAAAUCACCAUCGAAUCAAUUGAAUCAAGUUGUGCUCUGGGACAAAAUCAUUUUGCGUGGCGAAAAUGCCGUGUUGGAUUUCAAGAAUGCGAACACCAAAUAUUAUUUCUGGGAUGACGGCAACGGUCUAAAGGACAACCGAAAUGUCUCAUUGUAUUUGUCGUGGAACAUCAUACCAAACGCCGGACUGCUGCCAUCCGUGCAAUCCACCGGAAAACAUAUAUUUAAAUUCCCCUCAGAGUACGCCUCAUCCAUUUAGAGAGACGUUUCAUAUUUGUAGAUGUACUUGUACUAAAAUCAAAUAAAAUCCUUUAUAUUAGAUA